AUGGCUCACCGCAAAUCCCUUCAAAGGGUUCGCCUUGACGACAGACGUUUCCCAAACAGGUGCGUCCGCGUGUCAGGGGGAAGUGAGGAGUCGUUGGCUGGGUGUGGAGUGGAUGAACCGGCUGCCAUGUUGGAUCCCAGAGGCAACGAGACGAGGGGCCACAUUCCACCAGAAGGGGCCCACUUCAGUUCCUACCCCGAAGGAUCCGUUCAACCUGUCCACAAGAAGAGCACGGUGAAAGAGCUGCUGCUGAUUAGACGCCAGAAAUGGGGCACGGAGCCUAAAUUAAAAUAUGCCAAAAUCGAAGCAGUGUCCCCCGAAACGAGCCCCCAUCUUCUGAGCCCUCCCGCGCCGAUAGACCCGAAUCCCUGCCAGUACUUUCCGCCAGCAGUUCCUGAAAUCCCCCUCGCGAGCCCGGUGCGAUUUCCGCCUGCCCCAGCUCCUCUGGCCCCCAUGUCUUUAUUCCACUGGCAAAUCCAACAAGAGGCCCAGAAAGUGGAAACGCUGUCGGCCGAGACGCUGAGCAUGCAGGACUCGGACAGAGACACGUUUCUCCACAUCGCAGUGGCCCAAGGGAAACGCGCCCUGGCCUACGUUCUCGCCGCCAAGAUGGCCGGCUGCGGCUCUCUGGACAUCAAAGAACACAACGGACAGACGGCUCUCCAGAUCGCGGCCGCCACUGACCAGCACCUGAUCGUGGGCGACCUCCUGACCCACGGGGCCCAGAUCAACACCCGGGACCUGUGGGGGCGCUCUCCCCUGCACGUGUGCGCCGAGAAGGGACACCUCCUCAGCCUCCAGGUGGGACGCCCCCCGCCCUUAAAGUGUCCCGAAUUAGCCUCAGUGAGACGGAAGUCGCAAAGGGAGUGGAACGGGGUCGUUUCUCCAGGAAGUGGCCAACCCCUCGAAGCCGACAUGUUCAACUAUGACGGCCUGACCCCGCUCCACACCGCCGUCCUGUCCCACAACGCCGUUGUCAAGGAGACGAGGCUCCUGGAGAACCCCUGCCGCUACAUGACGGCCGAGCUGGCGCAGAAGCGGCGGGUGUACCUGGAGUGCGUCCGGACCCUGAUGAACAUGGGGGGCCACUACGGGGUGAAGGAUCUGAAAAGCGGACGGACCUGUCUACACAUGGCGUCCGAGGAGGCCAACGUGGAGCUGCUCGGCCUCUUCCUGGAACAGCAGACCUCGCUGGCUGUCGUGAACGAAAAGACGUUCAGCGGCAACACGGCCCUACACGUGGUCAGCUCCCUGCAAAAGCACCCGGCUCAGGCGGAGGCGGUCAAGCUGCUGAUGAAAAGAGGCGCCGACCCGGGAAGCAGGAACUGCGAGAACGAGCAGCCGUCCCAGCUGGUGCCCGAAGGACCCCUCGGCGAGAAAGUGCGGCGGAUCCUUAAAGGGAAAUAUAUUUAUAUUUAA